AUGAGUGGGAGGAAGAAUUGGGGUGAAUCGGAGCAGGUCGCGGCGUGGAAGCCCAUUGUGGACGCCGUCCACAGCAAGGGCGCGCUCUUCUUUUGCCAACAGUACGUGACUCAUUUUCAGCCAGACGGUCAAGCGCCGAUCUCGAGCACGGACACGCAGCUCCCCCCUGACGCUGAGUCCGGCACGGUGUUCUCGAAGCCACGCCGGCUGCGGACCGACGAGAUCCCAGGGAUCGCCGAUGACUUCAGACGUGCCGCACGGAAUGCGAUUGAGGCCGGGUUCGACGGCGUGGAGAUCCAUGGAGCACAUGGAUUCCUCCUGGAGCAGUUCAUGAAGGAUGGCGCCAACGACCGCACCGACGAGUAUGGUGGCAGCGUGGAGAACCGGUGUCGCUUCGUGGUUGAGAUCAUUGACGCUCUGGUCCAUGAAGUCGGCGCGAAUCGGGUUGGCAUUAGGCUUUCCCCUUUCGCGGAUUACAUGGAUUGUGCAGAUUCCGACCCCUCGGCACUCGGCGACUACAUGCCUCGGAUGUCCAUCGUCGAUGACCGUAGGCAGAUUCCGCAUAGACUCCUACCAUUCAAGACGGUGUUCAAUGGCACCUUCAUCGUCGUUGGUGGUUAUGACAGGGAGGAAGGAAACAAGGUGAUUGCCGAGGGCUAUGCGGACCUCGUCGCAUAUGGAAGGCACAUCUUGUCCAAUCCGGACCUAGCUAAGAGGUUUGAGUUAGAUGCGCCCCUGAACAAGUAUGAUCGCUCCACCUUUUACAUACAAAGACCCUGUCGUUGGCUAUACAGACCAUCCCUUUCUUAG